GGCAUGUUUGGAUUGGUGCUGCAGUAGAAGAUGAUACCAAGUUUUGCCAGCCCCUUAUUCCCAUCCAUUUCACUUGCUGACAAAACUCAACUUAGAGAGAGAAACAAACAAGUUUUACUGAGAGAAAAUCUAGGGAGAAAGAGACAGAGAGAGGGGGGAGGUUUGUUACCUCUGUAUUUCAGAAAUUCCAUAUUCCUCUGAUUCUCCCAAGGAAAAAACAAAUGAGUGACGACAAAACAACUUCUCGUAUUGUCACCUAUGCUGCUAUGCAGCCAUGGGAAAGUCCUAUAAAACAACAGCUUCAAUUCCAAUACCUUGUCUGCAGCAAAAUAGCAAAAGCCCUGCAUAAAUCUGAACCCACUUUUAUGCAUUGGGGGAUUGUGUCAGCAAGCUUAGAUAUUUUAUUGGGGAUUGUUCUGGGUUUUUAAUAUAUUUGAAAACCCAGCUGGGAACUUGAAGCUGGUGGUGCACUUGAUCAGUUCUCAAGGAGGAGCUAUUUCAACAUUCUCUGAUUUCCAUUUGAUCUGCACAGAGUUUGCUCUCAGAUGUCAAUGGACGACGGAUCUCCCACAACUUCACUCCACUUUCCCUGGAUGGCACUAUCUCCUGAGUUAGGAUUACCAUACAACUGGCUCAGGUAUAUGGAAUCUGAGCAAAGGGGUCUGUAUUUGCUACACCUUCUUGAAGCCUGUGCUAACCAGGUAGCUGUUGGUAGUAUAGACAAUGCUAAUAUCAGUCUGGAGCAAAUUUCCCAUCUUGCUUCUACUGAUGGCGAUACAACGCAGCGAAUUGCUGCAUACUUCACCGAGGCAUUUGCUGAUAGGAUGCUUAAACGCUGGCGUGGUCUGCAUAAAGCCCUGAAUUCGACGAAAAUAUCGUCACUCCAAGAGGAAAUGAGUGUUCGAAGACUCUUCUAUGAGCUGUGCCCCUUCUUAAGGCUUGCACAUGAAAUCACAAACCAGGCCAUUAUAGAAGCUAUGGAGGGGGAGAAGAUGGUUCAUAUUAUCGAUCUCUAUUCAUCUGAGCCUGAGCAGUGGAGAAAUCUUCUUCAUACUUUGAGUCAUCGGCCAGAAGGCCCACCCCAUUUGAGAAUCACAGGUAUUCAUAAACACAAAGAGGUAUUGGAUCAAAUGGCUCUAAUGUUGAAGGAAGAAGCUGACAAAUUGAACAUCCCAUUUCGAUUCAAUCCUAUUGUAAGCAAAUUAGAGGAUCUCGAUCUUGAAACUUUGCGUGUUAAUACUGGAGAAGCUCUUGCAAUCAGCUCUGUACUUCAGCUACAUUCUCUCUUGGCUACUGACGAGGAAGUGCUCAGAAGGAACUCGCCUUUGGUGUCAAAGAAGGCGCGGAAAGUUUUCCAAAUGGAUCCACGGACUUUUCGAGAGUUCCUUGAGAAGGAUCCGGUCACAAUGCAUAUGGCCAAUCCUGAUCCCACCUCCACAUUAUCCCCAUUAUCUCUAAGUGCUUCCCCAAAAAUGGGGAGCUUUCUAAGUGCUCUUUGGGGCCUCUCACCGAAACUGAUGGUGAUAACUGAGCAGGAAGCAAACCAUGGUUCCACAUUAAUAGAGAGAGUUAGAGGAGCAUUGAAUUUCUAUGCUGCCCUGUUUGAUUCUUUGGAGUCUGCUGCAUCAAGAGCAUCAAUUGAGCGACAAAAGGUUGAAAAGAUGCUUUUUGGAGAGGAAAUUAAAAACAUCAUAGCAUGUGAGGGAGCCGAGAGAAAGGAGAGGCAUGAGACGCUUGAGAAAUGGAUUUUAAGGCUUGAGUUGGCCGGUUUUGGUAGGGUGCCUUUGAGCUAUCAUGGUAGGUUGCAAGCCUGUAGGCUGUUGCAGGGCUAUGGUUAUAAUGGGUAUAAUAUCAAAGAAGAGAAUGGAUGUUUGGUUAUCUGCUGGCAAGAAUGCCCCCUCUUUUCAGUCUCCGCCUGGAGGUUUAGAAGGUAUGACUGAGACUAGUUUCGGCGUCACGACUGGCUGCUUUUUAUUGCUCUUUCUGUUUGUUAGUAUAAACAUCUUUUAUGUGUUUUUUUUUUUUUUUUUUUUUUGUCUUCUGUGAGUGCAUACUGUUCCACCGAAAGGAUUCAAGAUCAAGAACUUCUGUUAUUUAUCUAUUUGUUCUUGUUUCCUUUCUAUUUGUUGAUCUUUUGUAUAUCUGACUGAAACCAUGUUCUGAAGAAAUUUAUGGAUAAUGGAUGGAUGGUUUUGAGCUUGACAGUCACAGCCAUCCAUGGAAAUUGUACU